AUGUCAGGAAUUGGGGGGACUGGACGACAGUCAGUCACAAAGCUGGCUGCAUUUAUGGCAGAUAUUGAACUCCAUCAAGUUAGUAUUCAGAAAUCAUAUUCAGUCAGUGAAUGGAGAGACGAUCUGAAAAAGGUGCUGCGAGCUGCUGGACAAAAUGGGUCUCCAACUGUGUUUCUGUUUGCUGAGCAUCAAAUAAAGGAUGAGUCAUUUUUGGAAGACAUCAACAUGAUCCUGAGCACUGGUGAUGUUCCUACCCUGUUUAAUAAUGAAGAAAAACUGGAAGUCAUGGAAAAGAUGCGUCAACUUUUACCAACUUCUGAAACCCAGAAUGAAAAUGAUCAAUCUGACUUGUACAGAAAAUAUAAGGACCGUAUUAGAAGAAAUCUCCAUAUUGUACUGGCCUUUAGUCCUACAGGAAAAGCUUUCCGAGAUCAGCUUCGUCACUACACAUCUCUAGUGAAUUGCUGCACGAUCAACUGGUUUCAGGCAUGGCCUGAAGAUGCACUUCAGAAGGUGGCAAAUCAUUUUCUUGACGAUGUGGAAAUGUCACAGGAAAUCAGAAAUGAAGCUGUGUUCAUGUGUCAUCACUUCCAUCAGAGUGUUGUUGCACUCUCAGAAAGGUUUUUCCAAACGCUGCAGAGACAGAUAUAUGUCACGUCAACAUCUUACCUCGAAUUAAUCAAGACCUUUAAGAAUCUCUUAGAAUGUAAGAGGCUUGAGCUAUUAACCAGCAAGAACAGAUAUCUCGUCGGUCUGGAGAAGUUGGAUUUUGCUUCUUCACAAAUAGCAAUCAUGCAACAAGAGCUGACAGAGCUAAAGCCUAUGUUGAUUGAACGAAGCAGCGAGACGGAGGAGCUGGUAAACAUUAUCGCAGAUGAGACAUUGGAAGUGGAAGCAGUUAAAAGUUUAGUUGAAGCAGAUGAGGCAACAGCUAACAAGGCUGCGUUGGAAGCCAAAGCCAUUAAGGAUGAAUGCGAGCAGAAACUAAGCAUUGCAAUACCAGCACUUAAUGCUGCAAUUUUGGCACUGGACACACUGAAGGCCAGUGACAUCACCCUGUUGAAAACUAUGCAAAACCCACCCUCUGGAGUCCGACUUACUCUGUCUGCAAUUUGCAUUUUAAAGGGGAUUAAACCCGAUAAAAAGGGAGAUCCAAAUGGAAAAUAUGCAGAUGACUACUGGCCUGCUUCUAAAAAGAUUUUGGGAGACAUGAAGUUUUUGGACUCCUUAAAGGAAUUUGAUAAAGACAAUAUUCCACCAAAGGUUAUUGCCCAGAUAAGAAAAGAUUUUAUCAGCAAUCCGGAGUUCCAGCCAGCUGUCAUUAAGAAUGUCUCUUCAGCCUGUGAAGGGCUUUGUAGCUGGGUCAGGGCCAUUGAAGUCUAUGACAAGGUUGCCAAGAUUGUGGCUCCAAAGCGUCAAAGACUGGAAGCUGCAGAGGCAGAUCUGAAAAUUCACAUGCAAAAUCUGAAAAUUAAAAGAGAGGAACUCAAGGAGGUGACUGCUAAACUGAAAGCCCUGCAAGAUCAAUUGUCUCAGAAACUGGCUGAGAAGAGGGUCCUGGAAGAAAAUAUUAAUAUGACAAAGUUGAAGCUGGACCGAGCAGAAAAGCUAAUUAAUGGACUUGGUGGAGAAAAACAACGAUGGAGGAGCAUAGCUACACAACUGGGAGAUACGUACCAGAACAUUGUUGGAGAUAUGUUGCUAAGUGCUGGUAUUGUGGCCUAUUUAGGUUCAUUUACUUCAGAAUUUAGACAGGAAAUAUUAAAAAAAUGGUUCAAAUUGUGUAGAGACAAACACAUUCCUGUCUCUGAUGAAUUUGCACUCUCAAGCACCUUAGGAGAUCCUGUGAAAAUAAUGGAAUGGCAAUUUCAUGGGCUGCCAAAAGACAAUUUUUCCAUAGAAAAUGCCAUUAUUGUGACAUCAGCUCAGCGAUGGCCUCUUAUGAUUGACCCUCAAGGCCAGGCAAACAAAUGGAUUAAAAACAUGGAAAAAAUCAAUAAAGUCCAAAUCUGUAAAGCAACAGACACAGACUAUCUUCGAACUGUUGGUAACAGUAUACAGUUCGGGACACCCGUCCUGAUAGAAAAUCUCACCGAAGAGCUUGAUCCAAUCUUGGAGCCUUUGCUGCUGAGACAGACGUUUAAACAGAAUGGAGUGGAAUACAUCCGACUUGGGGAAGCUGUUAUUCAUUACAGCAGGGAUUUUAAACUCUAUAUGACCACCCGCCUCCGAAAUCCUCAUUACCUUCCUGAAGUGUCUGUCAAAGUCACUCUUAUCAAUUUCAUGAUCACACCAAUAGGUUUAGAGGAUCAGUUAUUAAAUAUACUUGCUGCAGAAGAAAAGCCUGACUUAGAAGAAAGGAAGCAUCAGCUUUAUCUUGAAGGAGCAAAAACAAGAAAACAGUUGAAAGAGAUAGAAGAUCAGAUUUUGGAAGUGCUAUCUCUGUCACAAGGAAACAUCUUGGAGGACGAGCGAGCUAUUGACAUUCUUUCCUCAAGCAAGAAAUUGUCCCAGGAGAUCCAGGAGAAACAAGAAAUAACAACUAAGACAGAGAAACAAAUUGAUGAAACCAGAGAUGGCUACAGACCGGUUGCCAACCAUUCCAGUGUCAUAUUCUUUGUCAUCUCAGACCUUGCAUACAUUGAUUCUAUGUACCAGUUUUCUUUGGCUUGGUAUAUUAAUGUGUACAUAAAUGCUAUUAGGAAAAGUCAACCUUCUCAGAAGCUUCAAGAAAGAAUAACUUACCUCAAUGACUAUUUCACAAACAGGCGUAAAAAAAGUCUAAUGAGAGAAACUGUUCCCAUGGACACUGUCUCUUCACUGCCUGUCUUUGCUGUAUCUAAAGGGAAAUGCUAUAUAAGAAUCAUAUAUGAACAAGUCUGCCGUUCACUCUUUGAGAAGCACAAGCUGCUAUUUUCUUUUUUGUUGUGCGUGGGUAUACAGAAGAAUAGAGGUCUGGCUAAUAAUGAAGAAUGGCAUUUUCUUCUCACUGGUGGAGUUGCACUAGAGAUCCCUCAAGCCAACCCAGAUCCAACGUGGCUGAAGGACAAAUCUUGGGGUGAAAUUCUUCGACUAUCUACUUUACCAAUUUUUAGCCAAUUGGACAAUCACUUCUGCUCAAAUAUAAGCGAGUGGAAGAGCAUAUAUGAGUCUUCUCACCCUAAUGAGAUGGAACUACCAGACCCAUGGGAGGAUCUUUUGACUGAUUUUCAGAAGUUACUGAUACUACGGUGUAUAAGACCUGACAAGAUUAUUCCUGCAGUCCAGCAAUUUGUCACUGAUAAGAUGGGUCCCACAUAUAUAGAUCCUCCAACCUUUGACCUGCAGCAUAGUUACAUGGGCUCCACGUCUAAUACACCAUUAAUAUUUGUUCUGUCUUCUGGUGCUGAUCCUUUAGCAUUAUUAAUGAAAUUUGCAGAAGAAAAAGACAUGGGCGGUAUUAAUCUUCAGACUAUUUCUCUGGGCCAAGGCCAAGGUCCUAUUGCUCGAAAAAUGAUUGAAAAGGCAGCAGAAGAAGGAACUUGGGUCGUGCUUCAGAACUGCCACUUGGCCACAAGUUGGCUCACAGAGCUUGAACAUAUCUGUGAAGAAGUGAUCACAGAUCCUGAAAAGACCAAGUCUAGCUUUCGCUUAUGGCUGACUAGUUACCCCUCCCAAGAUUUUCCUGUAUCAGUCCUACAAUAUGGAAUAAAGAUGACCAAUGAACCCCCAAAGGGACUAAGGGCAAACCUGCUCAAGUCAUACCUCAGUGAUCCAAUUUGCAAUCCAACUUUCUUUAAUGGCUGUAAUAAACCAAAGGUUUGGAAGAAGCUGUUAUUUGGUUUGUGCUUUUUCCAUGCACUUGUUCAAGAGAGGCGAACAUAUGGAUCACUUGGCUGGAAUGUGGCUUAUGAAUUCAACGACUCUGACCUAAAAAUUAGUGCUAAGCAGCUUCAGGUACUAUAUAGAAUGCUGGCUGCCAGGCAACAACAGAGGUUCAUCAAUGAUUAUGAACAGACCCCUCUAGAUGCUGUCAUUUAUCUUACUGGAGAAUGCAACUAUGGAGGAAGAGUCACAGAUGAGCACGACAGGCGGCUUCUGCUAAGCUUGCUAGACACAUUUCUUUGUGAAGCUGUAAUUACCGAAGACAAUUACGCAUUUUCUCCCAGUGGAAAAUACUUUGCUCCAAAGAACAGUACCCAUGACACCUAUAUGGAAUAUAUAAAAAGUCUCCCUCUCAACGCUGAUCCGGAGGUGUUUGGGCUUCAUGUAAACGGAAAUAUUACCAGGGAUCAGAAGGAGACAGCUGAACUAUUUGACUGCAUUCUAACGACUUUACCUAAACAGACAAGUGGAGGAGGAAAAUCAACAUCUGAAGUCGUCCACGAACUUAUAGAUGACAUUCUGUCAAAAAUACCAGAGGAUUUUAAUGUAGAGGAAGUCAAGAGACUUUAUCCCACUCAGUACACAGAAUCUAUGAACACAGUGCUGGUUCACGAGUUAUUGAGAUUUAACCGCUUGACCUCUACCAUUCGCAUGAGCCUGCAAGAUUUAAACAAAGCCAUUUCUGGUCUAUCUGCGAUGUCAAAUGAACUUGAUGAUUUGCUCAAUAGCAUGACUGUGGGUAAAGUUCCCACUGUGUGGUCAGCUAGAUCAUAUCCUUCCUUGAAGCCUUUAGGUGGCUACAUAGCAGAUCUUUUACAAAGACUGAGCUUUUUUAAGGAGUGGAUUGAAAGGGGAACACCAAAUGUUUUCUGGAUCUCUGGCUUUUACUUUACGCAGUCUUUCCUGACGGGUGCACUGCAAAACUAUGCCAGAAAAUACAAGAUUCCUAUAGACUUAUUAGGCUUCCAGUUUCGAAUAACAGAUCAUGAUCAUGCAAAUGAAAUUGACUCAUCACCGUCUGAUGGCACAUAUAUCAAUGGCUUCUACAUGGAAGGAGCAAGGUGGGACCGUGAAAAACAUGUGAUUAGUGAAUCUUUUCCUCAAAUUUUGUAUGAAAGCAUGCCUAUUAUAUGGCUUAUUCCAGGAGAAAAGAUGGACGAAAUGGAUUCCUUUUAUCGAUGCCCAGUUUACAAGACCAGCGCUCGACGUGGAGAGCUUUCCACAACUGGACACUCUACAAACUAUGUUCUUAGUUUCAACUUGGCAACCGAUAAACCUCCAAAUCACUGGGUGAAUAGAGGAGUGGCUUGCCUCUGUCAACUAGACUAUUAGAUUGCUGUACAACUUUAAAUAUGUCAAUUCAUCCUGAUAGUUUGUUUUUUUAUCACACAAAAUACUAGUGCCUGCUAGAGAUGAGAAAUUCCAGUAUAGCAUUAUUUACACAAUAGGUGUCUGACAAUAUAAAUCAUAAAUAGAAAAGAUCAAAUCAUUCUCCCAAAAUCAAGAUUUAACUUAUAGCAUACUGAUUUUACCAAAGUUGAGAUUUGUGAUACUUUUGAGACCUGAAAUUUUUUAUUUUGUCCUCAAAGCUCCGAGUCAUCUACAGGUUAUGGCGCCCUCCACCCUGCACAGUCAAUCAGACCUGGUUGUGCCCUGUGGUUCAUAAAAUCAUUUCAGCAACACAUGGCUGUCAGUGCUGCCUGCAUAUAAUGUUAGACAGAUGCCUACUUGAAAGCAGCCUUCCUAUCUGGAAAAAUUGCUUGCUAGUACCCAUCAACAUUCUCAGACUUCAUCUUGCUGGCCAUUCUUGUAUCCAAUGUUCAUUUCUC